AUGAACGGGGCAUUGAACCCGUGCCGACACUCACAAGACUAUCAUCUCACCUUCUUCUCCAUAAUAUCCUGGGCGCUUCUUCUGGAGAUCCAGCUCGUCUCUGCCUACACGAUCCCCCAAUAUGUCAUUGACUACGCCCCAGUUGUCUGGCUCCAUUCCACCGACCCGUACAUGCCAAGUGACAUCUUGACCCAUGUCUUGCACACCGCUCCGAGGGUCGGCUUUGAACCCAUCACGGAGGCCCUGCCUCUCCCAAAUCUGGAGAAUCUGUCAUUGUUGAACGGAUUUGGCAAGGAAGGCACCGAUGUCUUCUUGACGGCGGUCGACGACGUGGCCUCCUUCCCGGAUUGGGUUUUCGGCGAGGUACCCGAUGUGACGGGCACCCUGCAUAAUUCUACCGCGUGUGCAGUCGUCGUCGUGGAGAGUGAGAAGAAGAAGGGGAAGAAGGGAGAUGGAGAGAAAGUGGUGGUGUUGGACGCUUUCUAUUUCUAUUUCUACUCGUGGAAUGAAGGGGCGGAUAUCCUGCAGGUGGUUCCACCACUAAAUAAAUUGUUUCCGGACAGCAAGCCGGGCGACCACUACGGAAACCACCUGGGCGACUGGGAGCACAACAUGAUCCGAUUCGAGAACGGGAAGCCGACAGGCAUCUACUUCAGCCACCAUACCAGCGGCGAGGCGUGCAGGUGGGACAACGACGCUUGCCUGUCCAAGCCAGGGGAGAGACCUGUGGUGUUCAGCGCCCGCGGCUCCCACGCAAACUAUCCCUCGCCAGGAAGCCACGUCCACGACGAAGCACUCAUCGACAUCGCAGACAAAGGCCGCAUGUGGGAUCCCGUCAAGCUCGCCUACUUCUACCACUACGACCCUCAAACAGAGACCUUCACCGCGGCAGACCCGGGCACAGACCCGACCGACUGGCUAGCCUUCAACGGCAACUGGGGCGAUAAACAGUAUCCCGACCCAGACCCGCGGCAGGAGACGGUCCCGUACUUCGGGCUCAAGAAAUUCAACAACGGACCCAACGGUCCCAAGUUCAAGCACUUGGUGAGAAAAGGGCUGAUGCCUGAUGUCAAGGAGAAGCCCAACCUCAUGAAGACGCUGGUGCAUUGGUACAUGGGAAUGUAUGGGUGCUGCUUGAAGGGCAUCAACCCUUGGGUCGUCAUCAUUUCGCUCUUGCUUAUUCUGGCAGUGAGUAUUGCUCUGUGCGUUUUCACGUUCAAGCGUGUUCGCCCGCGACUGAAGGCGUGGAUCCUGAAGAAGAAAGGGGACGAGUCUAAAGACACCUCUGAAGUUCAGCUUCGAUUACUCGAUCCUGACGGGGCAGAAGCCGAGGACGAGCCAGAGGUAUAA